UAUGCACAGAUCUUGAAGGAGAGACUAAGAGACUCGAUACAUGAUGUGCAGUACGUGGAGCCUCCGUUUGAUGACUCAAUUGCUGACAUAGGCAAGGAUUGGAAGAGUGCCUUAGUGAAACUAAAGUUUGGCAAUUCCUACAGGAUGGAACCCUUGAAGAAAUUCCAAGCUCAUACAGUAGAAAUUAAAGUUCAACAGAUACUAACGGAAGGUCUGAAAGAUGUGAAAUAUGAUCAGAAUGUCUUCUCUCAUCUGUCACUUGAAUUAGCAGACCGAAUUUUGUUUGCAGUGAAAGAGUUUGGAUACCACCGUUACAAGUUCAUUGUAAAAAUAUUAUUUAUUCAAAAGGCUGGUCAGGCAAUAACUGUUGCCAGUAGAGGGAUUUGGGAUGUUGCCUGGGACAGCUGGGUUGAAGCUAAACAUGAAACAGAAAGUUACGUCGCCUUGGCCUUGGUUUAUGCUCUCUACUGUGAAUAG